GAAUUUAAGCAGCAACCAGAUCACCAUCAUUGAACCGGGUGCUUUCGAUGGCCUGAAAAGUCUGAAAAAAUUAGAUCUUUCCAACAAUCUGAUCGGGACGAUCAAUAGCAGCAUGUUUUCUGGACUUCCCAACUUGGAGAAACUGUUUUUCUCCAACAAUCGCAUCUCAACCAUCCCAGAUGGGACCUUCAAUUAUCUUCCGUCACUGAAGCGCAUUGAACUGCAGUCAAACUAUCUCCGCUGUGAUUGUCACCUCAAGUGGAUUCUGAAGUGGAUCAAAACCAGACACGUUCGGAUACCUUCGUCCACGACCUGUGCCCUCCCGGCCAAGAUGAGAAACAAACCGCUGUCCAAACUGAAGCGCAGAGAUUUGCACUGUGACCACAGUGUGCAGUUGCUAACGUUCAACAUCCGGCCGUCGGAGAGCCAGCUGGUGUUCAAGGGAGACAAGCUGCCCUUUGAGUGCCACGCCUCGUACAUGCCGGGUGACAUGAGCAUCGCCUGGUUCCGCAGCGGCCACCUGGUGACCACCAACAAGACGAUGGGCGUGUUUGUCCACACCUCGCACAACCUGGACCGGACCAUCAUCAUCCAUCGCCUCGUGGUGGAGAGUCUGGACACCACGCAUGCCGGCGAGUGGAGCUGUGUCGUGUCCACCUCCUCGGGGAACUUGACCAAAACGGUGCAUGUGGAGGUGCGUAUGCCAGACGUGGUUCUCCAGUGCCCAACGGUCACCAACAAGACCUCCAAAGGAAUGUUCACCUGGGAGGAGUCGAUGGCCGGCCUCUUGGUCUCCCAGCCCUGUGAGAAGGCGGCCGAGGCCGGCGCCAUGGCGACCCACAAGUGUGGGGUGGACGGUCACUGGAGGGACCUGAAUGUGUCGGCGUGUAGCUUUGUCCGCGACGUCACCAGGAAAAUCUGCAGCCUACUCCUGAACAUGGCCAGCAAUGUGAGCGCCCUGCCCCAACACGUGGUGGACCUGGCACAGCUGGAGACCAGAGCUCCUCUCAGAAUUGUGAAAAUGGUGGAGAAGAUGGGCCGGACAAUGAACACCAAGCGCGUGUACAACCGGUGGCGACAACAGACCCGCAAUAUCGUCAUGGUCAUCCUGGACCGUGGUGAGUUGGAGAAGGAAGGGAUGGAGUGUGCCGCAGUCGCUCACAACAACGGGGAAGUGGCUGGAUUUACCUGUGGUCCGCACCUUAUGCCUCAGAACUUUGCCGUGCAUCUUUCCAUCCCGAGAAAAAGUAGAUUAGAGGCCCAGAUAGACGAGGAGGAGGAGCUCGGCAAGGACGGAUCUCCUCCCGUUCUCACCAGCGAUGCUCCCGGCAACAACACGGAUGUUUCUGGAAAUGAAGAUAACAUAACCCUGUACAACAGCACCUCUCUGGGGAAUGACUCGGCGUUCAUCCUGCCUCCAGAGUCCUACCCGUCGUCCUCUGUUGACAGUCCGUCGUCGUCUGUUGACAGUCUGUCUUCCAGCGCCAUCUCGCCCACAGACCAGCCGUCUGCGGACGAUUCGGAUAAUCCGUCAGCGCCUUUAGGAAUUUUCCCACCGCAGGCCAUCAACCUCACGUCGAAGCACUUUCUGAAUUUCCCUUCGCUGAACCUGUCCUCGAAGGAUUUGCUGCAGCCGUUCGCCCGUCGGUUUGGUGCUCUGACGGCUACCACCUCCGCUGUGCCUCCCCCUCCCUCCAACGCGUACGUGAUUCUCUUCAGAAAUGGCCACCUGUUCCCCGUGAUCAAGUCAGAUCUGAGUGACCCUGCUUUCCAAAAGGGUACCUGGGCCAUUGUCACACCCGUCAUAGCCAUUUCCUUGGGGAGGCCUGCGAAAAACUUGUCUGAGCCUGUGGUGAUCACGUUUGAUGUCGCUGACAUACACAGACCUCUGAAGGCAGCUUAUUUUGAUUUCAAAGCAAUAGAUGGUUAUGGUGGUUGGAAGACGGAUGGUUGUGAGAUUGUCCAACAGAAUGGCUCCACGGUCACCGUACACGUGCACCACUUGUCUCACUUUGCUCUUCUACAGGAGAUUUCAUUUGCCUACAGACUAGCAGCCUUUCCCAUGGAACCUGUCAUCUAUGUGGGAAGUGGGGUGUGCAUGCUGUGUCUGAUAUUUGUGAUCACAACACUGAUAGCAUGCUUUGGGGCAAUUGGGAUCCCCAAGAAAGUGAAGCAUGCAGUGGUCAACAUCUGCCUGAGCACUCUGCUCCUCAUGACCGGGUUUGUGUGUGGCAUCAACCGGACCGACGUGGAGCUGCCCUGUCAGAUUUCUGGCAUCUGCAUCCACUACCUCACUCUGUGCGCUGUCUUUUGGAUCACUAUCACCUCCAACAUCAUAUACAAGAAGUUCAUCAAGGCAAACCGCCCGCCUGAGCCGCCCCCCGACCCCAUUGUCAUGCCUCUCCCUCCUAAGCCCAUCCUACAGUUCUACUUCGUGGGCUACGGUGUCCCGCUUAUCAUCUGCGGCAUCACGGCGGCCGUCAACCUCAACUUCUACGCCGGUAUACAAUACUGUUUCCUGGAGUGGGAGCCGAGCCUCGGAGCGUUCUACGCGCCCGUCGCUCUCCUGGUGGCCUGGAACCUCAUCCUGUUCCUCCGCAUCUCCUGUGUGGUGAGGUCCGUCCCGGAAAAUGACAGCGACGCCGCCAACGAAAGCGACAACGAAAUUCAUGCCAACGAAAUCGAGCUGGUCCCCUCUCAGCCCGACACGACCACCACCACUGCGGCUCACAACGGCCACAGCAACAACAACUACAGCGGUGGCUACCGUCGCCGCUACAGCCACCACAGCAACGACGACGAGGAGGACUCAGUGUCCACGGUGAGCUUGCCGGACCAGGAGCGUCGGCCAAUCACACAGCUCCGGUCGCUGGUGGCCAUUCUCUUCCUGUUCAUCGUCAUGUGGAUGUGUGCGGCGCUGGCCAUCGCGAAGCCCUUUCACCACAUCAUCCCGCACCAGGAGCUCAUCUUCAGCUACAUCUACGGCCUCAUGAGCGCUCUCUUCGGCAUCUUCAUGAUCACGUUCUUCUGUUUCACCCGCAAAGAUUCCUGUCUCACCUGGAAACGUGCGGUGGGUAUGGCUCCCCCUGAGGUGUACACGCCUCCUAUGGAGGUCACGGAAACAAUCCUCGCCUCCCCCCCUCCCCCCACACCGGCAGCCCCCCAAGCUAACGGCAGUGCUGUCAAGUCCAACAGCAACACCAAUCUAUCGGUGUAUUCGCAGAAAUCAUCCAACAUCACCAAAGCUUACAACAUGAAGAACAACAGCAACAAACAGUCCAACAUCAAUCUCAUUUUGCCAAACUCGUCAGAAAUUUCAUUUGGUUCUACGCAGGAUAGCUAUCCCAAUUUUUAUAACCCACGUCAGAAUGGCGCGGCCAAGAAGUUUUGGCAGAAAAAUCGGCAGCACAGCAAAAUCAUGAACAAGGACGUGAACCGCGACCUUAACAGCAGCAUGACGGACAACAAUUCUGGGGGUGAGCUGAACCAUCACAGCUUGAGCCGCGGCACUAGCAGCGACGGAAACACUCACCUCAGCAUCGAAAUUCAGAUCCAGGCCAAGGAUAGGCACGGCUCGAAGCCAGGCACGUACUCGGGCUCCCGGGAAAUCCCCGUUCACAUGGCCCACACUCAGAACAAACUGGGCUCUUCCUGCGGGGCCAUCUCUAUAGAGCACAACCAGAUGGUGGGUCUCACUCCUGAAGGGGCAGCUACGGCCGGCGUUUCUCAGAGUCCCUGCAAUAACAACGAGGGCGGUCCCGCCGCGUCUGAGCUGAGUUCUCUCCCCCAGCAGCACGAACGUUCCCCCAGCGCUGGCUCCCUCGGUGGCGGGGUCCACCCCAGCGCGUUCACGCCCGUGCAGCCGCGGAGUAACGUCUUCGGCCAGAAAAACAAGCCCCAGGAGGAUUCUGGUGGGGAGAGCGGGGGCCAGCCGCGGGCUCGAGGGAGUCGGGAAGGCUCAGCGGCGAGAGAGGAAUCUGUCAAGAACCAGCUGAACGGUUCUGUGAACCAAAACUGGAACGGAGAGCUGCAGGGCCAGGUGGGGGAGAUGGGUCAGCGACCUGUGAACCCCGGUGUGGCAUGGAGCCCGUUCCACUGUAAUCUACCUCCACUCCCUAGUCACCCUCCCACCACGUACUCAUUGAAUCAGCCACCACCACCCUACCCUCACCAACAGCACUACCCGUUUGACUACAGCUCAGGCUACCCUUGCCCCGCCAUGCUCCCCCCUGUCAACCCCCACCUGUACAACUUGAACCAGCAGUCUCGGUCCCCCCUGCCCCCACACAGUAUGUCCCCUACGCCCUUCAACCCCUCGCUGCCCCCCCAGCCCCCCGCUCCCUCACAACCGGCCGCGCCGUCUGCGUUCAACAUCCCUCCGUCCCCGUACCUGGUACAGACGCAGUCCCGCGGCCUGGUUAAAUCGAUGAGCCCUGUGUCCAGCAGCUCCCACUCACAGGCUCACUCGGCCCGACAGCGCCGUAGCAGCGGGGGCAAUGGCUGGAGGCCGCUGUCUGGAGGGGACAGCUCGGACAGUAGCCGGCCCCGACAGAAGCGCGCCCACUCUGGUGGGAGCCCCGGCCGCUCGGUCACCUACGCCCCGCGUAGCCCCGUCCUCUCGGACAGCCAGGCUUACGAGUCGCGCUACCAGGUGCCCACCCACAACGGUCAGCCCGGGGCGAAGCAGGCGCGGUCCAUGGACUCGGACCAUCACUCGGACCCCACCCACAGGAAGAAACACCAGCGGUCCGACCGACAGUCCAGGAAUAAACUCACCACCAAGCAGAGAUCGUUGGGCUGGGAGGAUCAGUUUCGAAACCGUACCCCAAAAGUGAACUACGUGUAUGUCAACCAUAUGUAUAAGGACAAGGUCAUGCAUAAACUCAUUAAGCAGGCUAGUGAAAGUGACGAUUUGGCAAAGAAAGCCUUCUGGCUGCCGCGGUCGGCGAGCGAGUACGACCGACUCACGCAGAAGGGAUUCUGUAACAUGGCAGAGGACACAUCCAGCAGCUCUGAAGAUGAGGAUAGUCUGGAUAACGUGUGGAUUCGACAAAGCUCGGGGAGUGACUUUCGUAAAAAGGAAACGAGUGUGUGAAUAAGACAGCCCGAGUUCUUCAAUUGUAUGCUAUGUUUUCUUGACAAAGUCCAACCUCUGAUGUAGAGAGGUUGAUUUCGUACUGUUGUAAAGGGAUGUAAAGUGUACAGAUGUAUAUUUGAUGUAUUGCGAGUGAUCAGAUAUGAACCAAUUAUUGUAUUUUGUCAAGUUUCACCCAAAGAAAACUUGCGGCACAGUCUCUUCAACAUGCUGUAAAUUUCCUUUAUUGUUCGAGGAAAAUAAAAUAUAGGGGAUGGAGUAGGGAAGAGAUGGAUGUAAUGGGUACUGGGGGGACAGGGAAAGAGGUGGCUAUGGGUGUUGCUAUUUUUAACCUGUCUUUUCCUUCGGCGUAGCCUUCUUUGGCUAUGAUGGAGUUGUGAUGUGUACGAAAACAAUCGUUGAGUUUAGCCUUUAUUACGUUACUGGGAUAGCAAACAUUUUGUAGAUAUAAUAUAUGCCAACAGAGUCUAAGGCUGAUAUUUCAAAGACUCAAAGUGAAUAUUUUCGAACAAGCAAAUCAUGCAAAUCAAAUAUUUUAUUUAAUUUAUCUCGGUAUUGAAGCAUUUAUGAUGUCGUUCUCGUUUGCAGCAUCACUUAUUUAUAUUGAAAGAAGUUAAGAUGAUGAUGAUUUAUUUUUGUGUGCCCCUGCCAACUACUUUGUUCCCCACAAUGCUACGGCUGUCACCAGUAUUACAAGAAGUACUUAUAUAAGUUAUAGCUGAACCAAUGAACUGCAGCUGAAUCUGUACGUUCUAAUUUAUAACGAAUAUUUAUAAUGUACAUUUCUCCUUUACGCUGAUUGUUUAUGUAAACCACACGCACGCACUCACACACACACACACACACACACACACGCACGCACACACUCACACACACACGCACACACACGCACACACACACACUCACACACACACACACACACACACACACACACACACACACACACACACACACACACACACCCACAGUUAGGUGAAUAGAAAGAAAUUUAGUAGAAUAUAAGGGUGGAACAGUUCAGAGAAAUCAUGACAACUACGUGGUGCUACUUCAAGGUAUAAAUUAAUGUCUGAUUAUUAAGGUAUAUUAACUCUUUAUCUGCCCGGGACCGCACACUGCGUGGCGCCUGUGUGAUUGCAUUAAUAAGGAUGCGAUAAAAUGCAAAUGUGAAGCUUUCCGAUGGGAAGUCAUGAUUUUAUGUUUCCCCAGCUUUUGUGUGAAGAAAAAAUUAUGGUCGUGAUUAUGAUUGCGUAACAUAAAAAGAUAUAAAUUCCCCAACAAAAUGCUCAUUUUAUAAAAGUUCAUUCAUUUCUUAACAUUUUGGUGUAUGCUACAACUAUAUUUCGGCGUACUUGAUCUAAAUAUAGCUUUUUUGGGGUAACACCUUUGAUCAGAAUUAUCAAGGGGGAAAAGCCCCAACAAAAUCUGUUCAAAACCCCAAGCAGCUAAAGAGUUAAUAUCUGAUUAUUAAGGUAUGUUAAUAUCUGAUUAUUAAGGUAUAUUAAUAUCUGAUUAUUAAUAGUAUCCCUAGAAAGGCAUUGCUCUUAAAGUGCUUAAUUGUUGGGGUUGGGAAAGUGUAUAUUAUAUUUGAUUUAUCUCCCUA